AGCUAGGGUUUCGCUUCUUAAAGAAAAUAUUUAGAGCUGUCUUUGGGUAUUUCUUCUCCGACACUGUGUGUUCUCUAAGUUGCAGCGACAACAUCAGAAGAAGCGAGAAUGCCUAAGCAAAUCCACGAGAUCAAGGACUUCCUUCUGACCGCGAGGAGGAAGGAUGCGAGGUCAGUGAAGAUCAAGAGAAGCAAGGAUAUUGUCAAGUUCAAGGUCAGGUGCUCGAGGUACCUCUACACACUUUGCGUCUUCGACCAAGAGAAGGCUGAUAAGCUUAAGCAGUCUCUUCCUCCAGGUUUGAGUGUGCAAGACCUUUGAACAUCUCUUCAAGUCUGGGACAUAUGUCAAUGCGACCGACCAGUGUUGAAGUUUUAAGAGACCUUUUUUAUUUGGAGAUUAUAGUUUUUGAAUCAAGACUCUUCUCUUCUUUUCAAGACCUGGAUUUGUAUUUUGCCUAAUGUGGUUAGUAACAAGAAGCAUUCACAUUAAUUUUCUAUAUGGUUUUGAUUUA